UACGCUAUCAAAGCCUCCAACGUCGUUAGUUCAACUUCGAUCAUAUCCGUGCAGUGCUGUUCAGUGCUGUGCAGCGCUAUGUAGUAUAAUAUGUACAGCGUAUAUUAGAUAUGCGCGUACAUACAAGGAAUUCUGGUGGUCCAGCCUGUCAGCUUUCCUGCCAGCCAGCCUCUGACAUCUGCGCUUCCAGGUUCCAAGCUGCAAGCUUUGACAGGUGAGCCCCUAUUGGAAGCUCGUUGGAAGUUCCCGGUACACCCUCGCUCGAAGAACCCUUGGUCGGAAGAUGGGCUUCUAGAAACAUUCCAUGCAGUGCACAUCAUCUAGGGCGCUGUCAACCAACAUCAUGUUUUUGUUUGCCCUUCCGGUCUUCUUGGCUAGUUCCGAACAGACCGUUUCUCAGACCACAGGCUAUUUCAAAAAGACCUACCGACCUACCGACAUGCAGGAGAAGGACGCAAGACAUGUACAAUACAAUUUCCGAUACGCGACGCAAUGUCAACUUGUCCUUUCUUGUCCUCUCUUGUCCUUACGAGCCUGCACCGGAUCGACAAUCCCGGCGGAUGCUUGGGAAUAGGGUGAUUUCGGUAAAGAUGUCAUGUAGGUAUCGAUCAAGAAUCUUCAACAUUACGCAAACCCUUACGGAGAUUCGUGUUUUUCUUUUCUUUUUUUCCCAUCUCUUCCAAGAUUCUCCAAGACCUUGACGGGUUACAUUAGAUGCAUGACAUAUAUGUCGGUUUGAAACAGCCGCCCAUCCUAAUAUCUAAGAUAUCUAAUAUCUAACACGUCGCAAAAUGUUUCUUUGGGCGGGACCGGGUGGACAGGGUGAGAUGAGAUGUGUUUUCUCUGAUUAUCUCUUUAAGUUCCGGAUGUCUUAGAACGCCCGGACGGGUUCUUGAUUUCGACUAGCGGCUCUACUUUAUGGCUCUAUGGUAUGAUAGCUAUCGCAUACUCUUUCCUGCAUCUAUCUGAGUCUAGAUUUACCCAAAUUUCUUCGACUCGAACGUGGUCGUACAUCUAUAUUACGACUAAU